AUGCAAGCAAGAAGUCAAUCUCAACGCAAAAUGCCUCCGAAAGCCAGAUCCUUCACGAUGUUGGAUCUUUUCAACAGCUCCUUCUCUAGAUCUUUCAGAGGCAGCAGCAACAAACUCUCAAAUUACAGCAACCAUGCAAGAGAUGAACAGAAUGUCUUCUGUGCUGACUUCGUUUCAACCGAGUUCAUCAUUGACAAUCUGAAGAAAGUCAGGAACAACAAUGAUGUAGUCAAUAUGGAAAUUGAAGACCUCUUAACCAGUUCACACCAUUCCCUGCUACCCUUCAUCAAAGCUUUGCUGAUCUCUGGGAAAAGGGAAUGGCAGUCUGUCAGAUUUGUUGAUGAUGUGGAAUCUGAUUUGUUUGCAUUGUGGCAAACCCAGAAGCAAACCAUCAUGCAAGACUAUGAGGAAUCUAUUGAUGAUUGCAGCAAGUACAAGGACAUUGUCUCCUUCAAUGCCAACAUUCAUGUUGCUCAGGGAACACCCUACUAUGUCUUGAGGGAUAUCCUACAAUGCCUUAGACAAAGCAAGGACAAGACUAUCGCCAAAGUCACCUUUGAAGGCAGCUUCGUUGGGAUAGACACAUCCCUUUUGCCAUCCAUGAUCAAAAAGAUUAUAGACCCUGCCACAGGAAAGACAAAAGAGGAAAUCAUUAUUUCUGUUGAAUCUGGUUGGUCCAAGUGCUCCGCACUUGAUUGGAAGAUGACAUUGAAUGCUUGCUUGCGACAACUGCAGCAACCGAUGGAUGCAGCCACUGCUUCUGCCAUACCAACAGAGACAGUCGGGGCACAAACACUUAAUCCACACCUUCAGAAGGCAUCCACUAGCAAGGCGCCACUUAGACGAGUGAGGACAUCUGAAGGGCCACAUGGCAUGAAGAGGAAGCACUCGCUUCGCAGACUUAAGUCUGUCAAUGAUAGUUCCUCUCCAACUGGUCCGCAGAGGUCUGUUUCUUUGCCUUUGCAGAAAAGAGAAGCACAACAAGACAUUGGGGGCAGUGCUAACAUGUCAAAGCCAACUGUGGAGCGGAAGUCUCGAAGACAGAGGCUCUCUAGCAACCAAAAAGCUCCCAAACAGCCAAAAGACAUGUCCUCAAAGUUAGGUUGUACUGACAGCCCCUCUUCGUCUUCAAAAGCCCACUUGUUUUCUGGGAGUGCAGAAUCACCCGACUAUGAUUGGAAGAUUGGUGUAUACCUCAACAACAAUGAUCACCAGAAUACGAUUGGAAGAUUGGUGUAUACCUCAACAGUAUAUGCUCCCAAAGCAGCCUAG